AUGAAGCUCUCGGCGUGGGCCUCCACAGUGUUCCUGGCGCACACGGCGCUGGGAAUCAACGUCAACUGGCGGCGAGCGCUGGGGAAGCGCCAGAGCGACUCGGCCGCGCUGCCGGAGGUGCCCAACUACAACAUCAGCAUCCCCGUCGACCACUUCGACAAAUCCAACGAGGAAACGUACCCCAACCGAUUUUUCGUCAAUGACACCUACUACCAGACGGGCGGACCCGUCAUCCUGUUUGACUUUGGCGAGGGUGGCAUUUCGCCCGACUCGGCGGCGGGCUUCAUCGCCGAGUCCGACAUGGUGAGCGCUCCGUUGCGGCUCGCUGCGAAGCUCAACGGGUUGGUCGUUGGCUGGGAGCAUCGUUACUACGGCUACAGUAGGCCUGUUCCCAUGGACGAUGAGACCGGCCUUCCGCUCUCCGGCGCCUCGGGCUACCAGUACUUGACUGCAGAUCAAGCAAUCGAGGACGUGGCGUACUUUGCCAACAACUUCAACAAGACCAAGCUGUCUCUCAACAAGGUCGUCAAAAGCACCGAGAAGCUGGACCCGUACCACACGCCGUGGAUCUUCAUGGGCGGAUCCUAUCCCGGCAUGCGCGCCGCCUGGGCUCGCCUGAUGCACCCGGAAAUCUUCUACGCCGCCUGGUCUUCCAGCGCGCCGGUCGAGACGCAGGCCGAUGGAUCUAUUUACUACAACCCCAUCGUGCGGGCCAUCUCCAAGAACUGCACCAACGACCUCGAGGCCGCCAUCCAAUACGUGGAUGAAACCUUCAGCUCCGGCUCCAACGACAGUGCUUCUCAGAUCAUCUACGCAGGUACCUAUCUUGCCACCGACGACGAUGCGACCUUUGACAAUCUCGAUAAUGCCUUUUCAUACACGCCCUUUGACAUUGGCUCCAGCUUGACCUACGCCCUCUCAUUCGCGGGUUAUUACCAGAGUUUCGGCGCCAUGCACACUGUGCAGUACUUUUGCGACUGGAUGGAGAGUUUCGACGUCGAGGAGUACAUCAACGAUGCAUCCGCGGCCGAGACUGUUGCGGACUUGCUGUCGGUGCUCUUCAAUAACAGUGGAGAUGCUCCUCCGUCCAAGAACGGAAUUGCUGCGGCCAACGGAAACGACGGCGGCCAGCUUGCGUUUGCGGCAAUGCUCUUCGGCAUCUACAACGGCAAGGCGUCCUUCAUGUCGUGGAUCAACGACCAGCCGCUGGGCAGCAGCUCAACCUUUACCGACGCCGUCGACAGCCUCAGCUGGUCGUGGCAAACGCUCAACGAGAUGGGCUACUACCAGGGCUCAAACGCCAGCAACGAGUACCAGGUCAUCAGCGACUACUACAACGUGACGGCCUUCCGGGACAUUCUGCUCGAGCAGGAGACCUUCCCGGGCAUCAAGGACUCCAGCUUCCCGUCGCGGCUCAACAACAGCUAUUUACUCGAGAUGGGCGGCUGGGACAUGAACGCUAGCAACGUCAUGUUCACCAACGGCGAGUUCGACCCCUGGCGGUCGUUCUCGGUGUCGAGCCAAGAGGAGGGAGCAGGAAUGCCCAGUCGAGCCGUGACCAAGAAGGUUCCCGCGUGCAACCAGCUCACCAACGGAACGGAUGUUUUCGGACUUGUGUACGCCGGCGCAGCACACGUGGAGGAUCUGUCAAUACGGCCGUUCCAGCGAGGCAGCAUCGAGGACGUCACGCCUCUCGAGCAGGGCGUGGAACUGUUCCUCAAGGCGUGGGAGGUGUGGUCGCCGUGCUUCAACCAGAGCCGGGACGACGUCAGGAACGCAAAGGGCGUUGAUGGGAAGGGGAAUAAUGCCGACGGCACUUCCGCUGAUUCCUCGGAUGCGAAUAAGGGUGACGGCGAGAAUAGCGCCGGACGGGUUGGCCUGAGUGUCAUUUCCGUGGUGGUUGGUGUUGUGUCAGCCAUGUUUGCCAUCAUGUAG